AUGCCUUGUAAUGGUGUCAGACGAAAUUACAACGGCGGUGUGGAUCUUCUGGAAUUCUUCAUUAAAACUGAAAGAUCCUUUAACUGUCAUCACGCUUUACUUGAUUUUAAAAGCACAAAGGAUGAUAUCAGAGAUUUUAUUGCAUGGACUCUUCACUGUAUUCUGUUCGUUGGAUCUAAAGGCUAUUAUAAAGAAGCUGCUGCUUCCGUCAUUAGCAGAAUCAUUUUUAGUGCAGAGCGCAUAUCUAGCGCCUACUCAGAUUCAUACAUCGAUGCUGUGCUCUCUUUAGCUUAUCUUUUGGUUCAACGCUUGUCAAUCCAUGGAGAAAAACGCGAGGCUGAUCCUUCUAGAUUGUUUCGAUUUUCGUUACCAAAUCCUAUUGAAAAGAAGGAAAUCAAAAUAGGAAACAUUCUCAUGUCUCUACGUCCCCAAAAUUUCGAAAUAUCAUCCGUCGUCGAGGCUUACAAUUUCAUGUUCAUUGUUUGCCAAGUAAUAUCUUCGUGUAUAUCACAAUUUCUUGCUAUGCGCCCAUCAAUGGUUGAGGGAAUUUUCGAUAUUCUCGCUGAAAUUAUUGAUUUUGCUGAUUUAAACGGAAAACUUGAGUGCACGAGGGCUGUAUCAUGUUGUCUUGACGCUCUAUUGUGCACAGAGGAAUUACAUUCUCCCUCCCUUUUAUCUAAAGUGUUUCAACUUUCUUCCAGUAGUUUAAAAUGUCUCACCUUCCUUUCUGAAUCGAAACACAAGUGUAUGGCCCUGUUCUACGAACUGAAAAUGCCAGAACAAUUGGUUCUUUCCUGUUGUGACUUAAUCAGCCGUGUCUGCCAACUAAUUUCUAUGAACCAGAAUAACUGGAAUGGGCCUUCAUCUGAUGAAUUCUCUGAGAUGAUUGAGACAUACAAAUCUACCUUUAUCAGUCUUUCUGGGAGUAAACUUCCUCGAAACAAAUGUUUGACUUCGGCUUUAAUGAAAUUCUUUUGCCAAAAUUCUUCAUCUUUUCCUGAAAUUUCGCCAAUCCACGUCCAGCUGUGUGAUUGUCUAAUUCAAGAUCAAAAAUUUCGGGAAUGUAUGCUCUUCCAUGCAGAUGAGAAAGUUUUCAGCUGUGCUGACAAGGAAGCAUUUCGAUAUCAGGCUAUCGACUUCUUUGCUGUGGCUUUCAAUCGAAUUGGCGUGACUAAUUUACAACUGCAUCUUAACUCUUUUUUACUUAACAUUCCAGAUUGGCCCAGCUUGUCAUUGAUUACCUCAGCUUUUGUUCGGUGUAUUGAUCUAGAUCAAUGCUGGUAUGAUCCAGUUAUAGCAACCCUUCCCUCAAUUGUCUCCAAUUUGAUUUCAGCCUUCAUCCCGACUACUCAGGAUGUGGAAUCGAGUUUUCUUGAUCUUGUUGGUAGAAUCAAUCUCUUCUCAGAUCUUCUCGCUUCCUCGCUAAGUGGGGAUCUUUUGCGCGAGCUAGAUUUGAACGAUCUGAAACGCCUCUGGAAGUUCUUUGAAAAUCUCUCUUCAUCGUCGGAUAUGAACACCCAUCUUUUGGCUAUUUCUCUUAGAGCUUCUCUUCUGUUAUUAACGUUUUUGAAGUCUAGAGGGAUUGAGCCACAUGAUAUGGACUUCUUGCCAUUACUACUGAAUAAGGUGUUGAUUCAAGGAAAUCUCUAUUGGAUUGAAGAUACUCCGACACUGGAUAGAUUUGUUUGGAGUGAAAGCAUAGUUCCACUUUUUGAAACCACUCUUGGUUCUUUAUCAGACGUAGAACUUGGAAAUUCGACCGUUUUGAACGGUCUUUUGAGCCUCUCAAGAAUUGCAAUUUGCGUUUCAUGGUCUACCGCUGUGAAGGACAGGUGUAGAAGAUGUCACAAAUGUAAAUCGACAACUGCAGCUUCGGGUUCUCGAACUCUCAAGAUGUCUAUUAUAAGGAAGUUGUUAGAAUUAAUGGACGAGAAUUUACCUCUUCAGAUUGAACUGUCUUUGCAUGCUGCUCAGCAUUUGUCUUGGGAUAUUUGCAGUGAGGAAGAGAUUAAGAGCUUUGUUCUCACCGUGUUGUCAUGGAUAGCAAAGGUGGAAUAUCAGGUUGUUGCGCAGUUGAGGUAUGUCAUCACAAGUAUUCCCUCCCCCUCAAUUUUGUUAUUGAAGAGUAUUUAA